AUGAUUACAUUUGAAAAAAGCUCAUUAUCAACAUCCUCAAUUGAACAAGUUAUAUCAACAGAUAUUGUUAAACUAGUACCACAACUAGAUGAUUAUUUGUGUCCAAUCUGUUUUUCAAUUGCCUAUAAACCGGUGAGAUUAACAUGUAAUCAUUUCUUCUGUAUCCGUUGUUUAAUUAAAUUACAAAGAAGAAAUGAACCAAAAUGUCCAAUUUGCAGGGAUCCUGUUGUUAUGGAUGCUACAGAAGCUAAUGUUGACUAUGAGUUAUUGGAGUAUAUGAAGAAGAAUUUCCCUAAGGAAGUGAAAAAAAAGCAAUCUCAAAAUGAAAAAGAGGUUACUGAUGAGACUUUGAGUACGUUAUAUGGAGAUGAUAAGUGUAUAAUAAUGUGA